AAGAGCUUUAGGGUUUUCUCGGCUCCAGCUGCUGAGGCUUCCGGCGAAACCGCCCACCGACGACUUCCGGCGCGAUCCCGGCGUGCGCAACCGGUCGCUCCGCCCGUAGGAAACAUGCCGCGCACGACGACGGUGGAGUCCCCCGGCUGCCCUCCGUUCCGGGCCCUCGCCUUCGACGUCCUUGGCCUCGUGAAAGUUGUUGAAGCUAGAGGCAGGCAAGGAGGCGUUCCUAAGGUGGUCGAGCGCUGGGGCGAGCCGGAAUCGCGUAGUUGCGUGCUUGCCGCAUCCAUCGACGAUCGCAAGCGCGACCCCAUGCUAGCAGUUGCCAGAAAAUGUGGUAAGAUUGAGCUCCUUAACCCUCUUAAUGGGGACACUCGAGUUGUAAUUUCUGAUGCCAGUGACACAAAACCUGAAGAUGAUCCUAUUAUUGGGUUGCAUCUAUUCAGAAGAGAGAGAACAGAGGAAAGAUCCAGGUCGUGCACUUUACUUUCGUGUACAACGAAGGGAAAUGCAGUUAUGAGAUCCUUUGAAGUUAUGGAUUCACCUGAAGACUCUAUCUCCACUAGCACAACAAAUAAAUGGGAUGUAUGUGCUGCAGGGAGUGUAUUGUGUUGUAAAGUGGAUGAAAGUGAAAAUUAUGCCGUAGUAGGGGGCAAAGGGGUGGAACUUAACAUUUGGGAUCUUGACAAGUGCGGUAAGAUGUGGACUGCAAAAUCGCCCCCAAAGAACAACCUUGGAAUUUUCACGCCUACUUGGUUUACAUCUGCAACAUUCCUUUGCAAAGACGAUCAUCGUAAAGUCGUGGCUGGUACUAACAGUCAUCAGGUCCGCCUCUAUGAUAUUUCUGCUCAGCGCAGACCUGUUUUAUCGUUUGAUUUCAGGGAAACUCCCAUUAAAGCGGUUACUGAGGAUAUAGACGGUUAUACAGUCUAUGUUGGAAAUGGGUCUGGAGAUCUUGCAUCAUUUGACAUGCGCACAGGAAAAUUGCUAGGAUGCUUUCUGGGGAAGUGUUCUGGAAGCAUCCGAUAUAUAUCCAGGCAUCCGGACUUCCCAGUGAUAGCAUCUUGCGGACUCGAUAGCUAUUUGCGCCUUUGGGAUGUGAAGUCGCGACAACUUCUUUCUGCGGUAUUUUUGAAACAGCACCUCAACAGUGUCCUCUUUGAUUCUGGUUUUGCUGAUGAAGAGCCUGUCCAAAAUGCACGAGUUGUGCCAGAAAAUGAGGCCUCGAGGCAGAGGUUAGAUGAAAUCCAAUUUGGAGACGAGGAAGGAACGCUCCCAGUGAAGAGGAAGAAGAAGAAGAAGACACAUAAAGAAGGCAGAGAUCACAAGACAUCCGAUAAAGAAAAUGAAGGAAUGGAAAAGCUGAACCGUAAGAAGAAAAUCAAAAGAGCGAAGACGUUAGUUGGUGAUGAUGCAUUGUGACCGGAGAUAGUAUGCAGCACUUGCAGGCAACAAGUACUGUGCGAUUGGGUCGAUCCUCGGCCUCUGUGAAUCCGUUGAAUAUUCAUGCGGAAGUUAGAGACCAAGCGAUCGCCAUUCGAAAGUUUUGUCAUUCAUUAAAGUUUUGGGUGAAGUUAUGUCAUCUCGUCUCGAUUACUGACACUGUAACAUGGUUAGGAAAAAAUCUCUACAUGAAGAGUAUCUUCAAUUCUAUCCAUCUGGAGCAUUUGUUGAGAUACAGUUCGUAUUAUAAGAUGUGAAUGAGCAUUAUGAUCAUCUUGUUGACGAGAAGGAUCUUAAGAUGAGAAUGCAGAAAGUAUGCACUCUCGUUUUCAUUUCAUAUUAGACAAAAAUGGUCGUCAUCUUGCAAUGUAAGGAUACAGCUGAAUCGCAUUAGAUUUUCGUCUUAGA